GAUUGUAGAGCUUUUGCACGAAAUUUUGCGCUGAUCCGGGAACUGAUUUUCAACUGUACACGGGAACCGAUAGAGUUAAAAGUUUCUCGCGUGUAACUGCUCUCCGAUACAGUUGCAUAACUGAAUAAAUCAGGGAGAAUUAAAGAAUUAACGAAUUAACGUAUCGCCCGAAAAUUUCCACAGGCGCAAAAGGUCUGUAACUCAGGAUAACUGUCGAAGCUAAUUAGAACACAUCAGGGAUUUAAAAAACAGCCUCGUAAUUAGCCUAAUUAGCAGCGACUUUCGCUUUGUUAUAAUAUUCUGCACAGCGCGACUAUAGUCGAAAUAGAAGAAGUCGGGUGUAUUGUGGCGUAAUAGUUUGGGGAAUAUAUAUUAUAACUCGGCGAGAGAAUAUAAUAUAUGCAUGUGCUAUAAGCUUUGGGGGUUGAAGUUGGGAAUUUCAGCGGGAUAACGUAUUUGAUGGAGUUUGUCGGCAAUUUCUCCGGUUUGAUAUGUACGACGUACUCGGGGAUAUAAAAUCACAUGAGAUACGCGAAACCGAGUAUACUUCCGUCGGUUCAUCAAAUUGAAUGGUUUUAUGAAAGUUAUAGGGCACAUUCGACGAAUGAUAUAGAUUAUGGUAACGAAACGCGUAAAAUUAAAGUGGAUCCAUCUGCGAAACACAAGAUGAGACGUUAUGGCGAAAUAAAUUGAAUAAGUUAAAGUAAACUGAAAUUUUCGGUGUAAAUAAAUCGAAGAUGGAAUGUGGUCCGGAUCAUACGCUAUUAAAAUGAAUUCACAACUAAUAAGAUCAAAUUUUGAGCUUUAAAUCAUUAGUUCUGAUCAUUUGUUACACGUAAACCUACAUGUUGGACCCCUUACUCGCAUGUGACACCCCUUCCUUGUAAUCAACACCCCUCCCUUCGUAAGCGAUACCCCGACCACCUUACAGCGGGUAUAUAAUGUCGUAAUGUCCCCCUCGCAGUCAAUCCAAGGUUAGCUUUCGAAGAGUGCCGAGCAUUCCGAGAAACCUGCCAACAUGGACUCCUUCAGACAACUCAUGAUCGCCAUGGGCGUUCACCACCAAGGCGUCGACUUCAUUCGCGAACUACCCGUCGAACUGUCCCAAAUAAUCCUCUCCAAAUUGGACACCAAAUCCCUGCUCAAUGCUGCCCAAGUCUCCCGAAAAUGGCUGGCCAUUUCCAAAUCCACGUCUUCCUCGAGACAGCGUGUUCGCCGCCACAUUCGUCGACGAAACCAAAAGCUUGCUCAGGUUCUUCCUCCACCACCCAGCAAGCAAUUCACUACCAGAAUAAUGUCUAAACCCAUGAUAAUCAUCCCUCAAACAAAAAUUCCAUACCCUGCUCUUUCGAGCAUUACACCUCUCAAACAUUCUACUUUGAAAUUCACACAGUCCAGAAAAGUACUAAGACUGUAGAAAAAGGAAAAAAAAUGAAGAGCAGGCGAUAUUGACUGUUGCCUGAAAUAAAAAUGCUAUUAUAGCGCUAAGCAUUGAUUGGAAUUUGAAAACAAAGACAACUUCAUCAGAUUUCAACAUACAUCUACAUCACAAAAGCAGUUAUAGCAUGAGUGGCCCAAAAAUGCUGCUGUGCUGGCAUAUAGUUGUAUAUAUUCAUUCAAUGCGCAGAUUCUUAUGGUGGCAAUGCGCCACCUAUCGUGCUAUAGGCUAAGCUUAUAGAACGCAAUUACUUAGAUUUCUUGCAAA